UCAUUGAGAUAGAUGAUACCCAGAUUCGAGAGAUAUUUUCCGUGGAUAUGGUAUUUCAAUAAUGAGUUAGAGAAAGACAAUAUUGUCGCCUACAAUAGUUUGACAUAAUGAAGGAGCUGUAUGGUCCUGCAAGCAAUACCCUCGCAUGCUGCUUGCGCUAUCACCAUCAAGAAUCCCUGAACACCUUCCUUAAAACUGCAGGAACGUGAAAGAAGAUACCAUAUUGGUAAAAGUGUGUCGAGUACACCCCUUCCUUCCUUCCUUCCUUCCUCCCCGAAUCUGUGGACUCUGGAUAUAGCGGGAGCCCGGCACCCAGCAGAGACUUUACCAUGAGAAAUAUGAACAUCAAACCACGUCGAGCCAAGCCAUCUCUAUUCCAGUACCCAGAUUUACCUACUUCUUUCACAUAACCAAGCCAGUCCAUCUCUUAGAUAUUUAUAUAUCAAGCUUAUUUGUCACCGUCCCCAUAACCGAUAGACGAGCGCAGAGAUGGGCUCCGCGGAAUCCAAUUCCCAGAAACGUGACCCGAAAGUAGACGCCAUUCAUCGAGCUCUUAUAACACUGGAAGCCGUAGAUAAUGGCGAUGACUAUGAACACUUUAUGAAUGACUUAGUUCCUGAAGGAGUUAAAGAAAUGGACUCUUCCGACGGCGACAACGACGCGGGUUGCAUGGAUCGCAAGAUCGAGGAGAUCAAGGGCGAUGACAAUUGUGGCGAGGGGAUGAGUAACACCCGUAAGAAUGGCUCCAAACGGCAACAUCUCCCGAAGAACGGUGAUCCUGAUUCAAUUGCCCUUGAUCCUUCUUUAGUAUUCGGAACCGACAAGAGCGAUCCCCAGAAGUAUACCAAGUUCCUAGAAUUGAAAUUCCAUACCGACAAGGCCGGGACGUCCUUCCUCGAAGCCUUGCGGCGAAAGGAGAAACUAGAAUUCGUACUGCAAUCCGCACAGAACAAGAUAGUGGAAGCCACGAGUGAAUUGAAAGAGCUGAGGGCUAUAUAUGAUGAUCUUGCCAAACCGUACCUAAACGCCACAUAUGAACUGGGGCUUACGGUAGAUUUGUGUGGAGAGUAUCAGAACUUUUGCGAUGAUCUGGAGCGAAGGACAACGCCGUCCAAAGGUGACCUUUCACGCACAUGCCUCUGCAGAUGUGCAACGUCCCACGGGGGUUCAUAUGUCAAAUACGAUGACCAGUUCGGUCUCUUAAAGAAUAAUAUCAAUUCCUGGGCCGAGGAAAACUUCCGUUGCGAGGCUCUCAUCGAGCGAGAAGCCAUCGCAGGUGACCCACCACUGGGACACGGAGUUAGGUUCCACACGUUCAAUUAUUCCGACCCCAGCAUCAAGAAGGCGACUACGUGGGAGAAAUUAUACCCCGGGUUGUAUAAGCACGCGUACCUCGCAGCCUGUCUCGGAUCGCCGGGAGCAAGAGUCAUGCUCGCGGUCCUACCCGAUCACAACGCGCCUUGCAAAGGAGGUUGGGUCUUCGAGUAUAUCUGCUCGCAUAUUCCAUCGACGCUUCCCAACAUCCUUGCGUGCACGCCCGCGUCCACGCGCACAAGCCUGGAUCCCCAGAACUAG